AAGUAUUCACUCACAAAACAAGUAAGCUUAGAAAAGCUUUCCCAUAACCCUGACAAGAUGGAACUUGCCUUAAACCGUCUGGCGCCUAAUAAAACCAAUGCAGAGAGCAACAACUCUGCAUUUGUGUACUUUGAGUCCUGCCGACCCCCUUCUCUAGCCCUGCUCCCAUUGCUCAUAGCCUAUGCUGUGGUCCUAAUCACGGGCCUUUUCGGAAACCUCUCUCUCAUCAUCAUCAUCCUCAAGAAGCAGAGAGAAGCUCAGAAUGUCACCAGCAUCCUGAUUGCCAAUCUCUCUCUCUCUGACAUCUUGGUAUGUGUCAUGUGCAUUCCUUUCACUGUCGUCUACACUCUGAUGGACCACUGGAUAUUUGGAGAUACCAUGUGCAAACUCACUUCCUAUGUGCAGAGCGUCUCCAUUUCUGUGUCCAUAUUCUCACUUGUGUUAAUCGCUGUCGAAAGGUACCAGCUGAUUGUGAACCCCCGCGGCUGGAAGCCCAGUGUGUCUCACGCCUACUGGGGCAUCACGUCCAUUUGGCUCUUUUCCCUUCUGCUGUCUGUUCCCUUCUUCCUGUCCUACCACCUCACCGAGGAGCCCUUCCACAACCUCUCUCUCCCCGCUGAGCUCUCCACGCACCGGGCGGCCUGUGUAGAAAACUGGGCGUCCAGCGUGAACCGGCUGCUCUUUACCACCUCUCUGUUCGUGCUCCAGUACUGCGGCCCCCUGAGCUUCAUUCUCAUCUGCUACCUGAGGAUCGUCAUCUGCCUCCGGAGGAGAAACGGACAGGCAGACAGGAAGAGGGAAAGUCAGAGCCGGCUCAGUGAGAACAAGAGGGUCAACGCGAUGCUGAUCUCCAUCGUGGUGACCUUCGGGGCCUGCUGGUUGCCCUUGAACAUCUUCAAUGUCAUCUUUGACUGGAAUCAUGAGAUGCUGAUGAGCUGCCACCAUGACCUGGUAUUUGUAGUUUGCCACUUGGUUGCUAUGGUUUCUACAUGCAUAAACCCUCUCUUUUAUGGUUUUCUCAACAAAAAUUUCCAGAAGGACCUGGUGGUGCUUGUUCACCACUGCCUGUGCUUUUCACGUCGGGAAAGGUAUGAAAAUAUUGCCAUCUCCACUGUGCACACAGAUGAAUCCAAGGGAUCAUUACGAUUGGCUCCUACAUCAGCAGGUAUAUAA